AGACAUAUUAGAUUGUUAGGUGAGGAACGGUAGAGCACUGACAAUAAUAUUUAAAUCUAUAUAUAUAUAUAUAUGUAUGUAUACACAUAAAAGGAUCAUGGAUAAUUUUAGAUAAUAAACCUCUAAUAAGUUUCGUAACUAGAGAAAACCGUUAUCUCUAAUGAUACAAUAAGGACAUGCCUGUCGGUAAGAAUUAUUAUACACAUAUAUACGAUAUAUGUUUAUUUUAAAUAUAUAUAGAUGCAAAAAAAAAGAGAAUCUUUAAAUAUAGUAAAAAAGAAACAAUUUUGGGAAAUAUAUGAAAAUAUUAAUGAUACUAAUUAUCUUUCUUUUAUUUAUUUAAUUAGAAUUGCCCGAAGUAAUUCUGAUUUCAUUAUUUCUGCCCAAUGUCACGACGCUGAUUGUUAUUGCUUUCUUUUAUGUAUUAAGAAGUAGAAAGCUAUGCAGUUGUAAAAAACAACCAGAUAAAAAUUAUUCUAGUAAGUACAACGCUAUCAAUUUAUAAAAUAUUUUAUAAAUUGAUUCAUUAUUAUCGUAUAAAUACGAAAAUAACAUCAUAUUUAUGUUAUAUUCGGACAAACUAAAGUUAAAUAUUGAAUUAUUAAACAAAUAUUGAAUUAAAAAUCAGUUUAAAAAUUUAUAGAGUUAGAAUAAAACUAAAAAUCUUCCCCAUUUUUCAAUAUGUUGAAAAGAAUUCACCUUGAAAUAAAUAGUUAAUAGUGAAGUGACAUGCACCUGUAGUCCUAUUUUAAUACUAUUAAAUGUUAUUAUUAUGAAAUUGCUUACUGCAGGUGAUAGUAAAGGGAGCUAUAUUGAAACAAAGCUGUCGGAUAUACCGCAAUCUUACUCGAGAAGCAAUUCCGAGAGAACAUCAAACAGAAGUGAGACAAAAUUAUUAACAAAGAAAAAAAAAGAGACGGUGCAUGUUAUUCAAGAUUCUGUUACCAAAUUUUGUGAUUCUCGUUCAUUAACACAAGCAACAGCCGAAGAAUUAAGAAUUUUUGGGUUUCAAAGUGAAGAAGAGUUAGAUGCUCUUGACCAUAAAACUGUUGAUCAGCUAGAUAUAACUCCAGCUCAAAAAUGCUUAUUAAGAAAGACUAUUACUAUCAAGCAUAGUGAAGACUUUAAUCAUUCUUCCCACAAACAAGGAAGCCACAACGGAUAUAAAGGAAGGGAUAAUUCCGUUAAUAGCAACAGUACUGCAGGUCAAAGCUUUGAGAGGUCUCAUAGUGGAGAUGAAAAAGAUUCAUCGUACCCUUUGCUUCAUCAGUAUAAGCAUGGAAAAAGCCAAAGGCCUAGAGAAUAUACUGGCUAUUUAUCCGAUCCAGGGCUAUAUAAACUUGCCGAGUCAAUUGGAGAAAGUUGGAGAAAAUUGGCAAGCAAAUUGAAUAUUUCUCCUAGUGAAGAGAUAGACGUUCGUCGAAGUGAUAGUCUAGCCGAUGGAGUUGCCCGUAUGUUGAUGAGGUGGAGAGAUGAUCAGCAAGGUAAUGACGAUACGAUAAGAAGGAAUUUAUGCCAAGCAUUAGAUUUUAGUGGUAGAAAAGAUUUAGCAGAAAUGAUUGAUAUUCGUAUGAAUAAAAUCAGAGAAGGAAAAGUAUUUUCUAAAGUAUAAACUGUAAAUAAAAUUAAAGAAAGAAAAAUAAACCAAAAAGGUAAAACUGUUGAAAACAGAUUCAAAGUAUCAUUAAUAUAAGUAUUUACUUUCGAAUAUUCGUAUUACAAAAAAGCCAACAUCAACAAUUACAGCAACCUCUGUACUCAUUGUUUUGUUAAAUAGAAACACUAUUCCGAAAGAGACGGAAAUUGUUGCGUCAUAUUUUGUUAUUAUUUUCAAAAUUAAAUAUUUCUUAAAAGGUAUUUUAUAUUUGUCAAUUUUAUUAAAUGACCUAUAUUCUGAUAUUUCUUUUAGUAUUUAUUUGUAAAGGUUAUUUGGUUGAGUCCAACUACAUUGUAAAUUUAAAUUUGUUGAAGUUUAAUGAAGGGCAAACGUCUUAUUUGAAUGAAAACAAUACAUUCAAUCCCAGUUGGAAUUU